AUGUCCACAACAGCCCCUGCUGGUUGCCGCUCAGACCUGGACCCCAGGUACUACAGACUCUGUGAUAAGAAGGCAGCCUGGGGCAUCGUCUUAGAGGCGCUGGCCGGCGUGGGGGCUGUGGCCUCGGUGGCCUUCAUGAUCGCCCUGCUGGCCCUCAUCUGCAAGGUGCAGGACUCCAACAAGCGCAAACUGCUCCCCACGCAGUUCCUCUUCCUCCUGGGUGUGCUGGGGAUCUUCGGCCUCACCUUCGCCUUCCUCAUCACACUCGACGGCGGCUCGGGGCCCACGCGGCUCUUCCUCUUCGGCGUCCUCUUCGCCCUCUGCUUCUCCUGCCUGCUGGCUCACGCCUUCAACCUGACGCAGCUGGUGCGAGGGAGGCAGCCGCUCUCCAUGCUGGUGAUGCUGGGGCUGGCCCUGGGCUUCAGUCUGGUGCAGGACAUCAUUGCCAUCGAGUAUGUGGUCCUCACCAUGAACAGGACCAACGCCAACAUCUUCUCUGAGCUUUCGCCCCCACGGCGCAACGAGGACUUCGUCAUGCUGCUCAUCUACGUCCUCUUCCUCAUGGCGCUGACCUUCCUCACGGCCUCUUUCAGCUUCCAGGGGUCUUUUACUGCCUGGAAGAGACACGGGGCCCAUAUCUACCUCGCCACGAUCCUCUCCAUUUCCAUCUGGGUGGCGUGGAUCACCCUGCUCUUGGUCCCUACCAUCGGCCCCCAGUGGGACGACACCAUCCUCAGUUCAGCCUUGGUGGCCAAUGGCUGGGUUUUCCUGUUGGCUUACAUUGCACCCGAGUUUCAGCUGCUCACAAGGCAACAGAACCCCAUGGAUUACCCUGUGGAGGAUGCUUUCUGUCAGCCUCAGUUUAUGAAGCAGAGCUAUGGCGUGGUGAACAGAGCUUACUCUCAAGAGGGGAUCAUUCAAGGUACUGAAGAGACAGGGAGCACGCUCUAUGCGCCGUACUCCACCCAUUUCCAGCUACAGAAUCGAGAUUCCCCAAAGGAUUUCUCCAUUCCUCGGGUCCAGACUCGGGUUAGCCCUUACAGUGACUACGAAGGAAGGAAAGAUGUCAGUUAACGUGACCCAAUGGGUGAGGUGGACGCAGCAUGUCAGCAGAAACAGCAGGGA